CCCCCUUCCCCCUUACCCCCCAUCUCUCUCAGACGUUCAUUAUUGUUCGUGAUGGAAUUCAGUGGUUUCCUUCACAACCAUUGUCAGUAGAGUGGUUUCUUCUCCUUGAUUUGACAGGAAGCCAAAAUUCUUUUAGAUUGCAGUCAUGGCAGAUACUGAAGCAAGCAAAGCACCUGAGCAGGCAUCUGAGGAAGUGAAGAAGCCUGUAGAAGAGACGAAAGCAGAGGGCAAGGAAACGACCACAGCAGCACCAGAGGAGAAAAAAACGGAAGAAUGCGAAGGUGCGUACGGAGGAGCCAGGAUUCGAAACCCAGGAGAGAGCGACGAGGAGGAAGAUGAUGACGAUUUUGACGAUGAUGAAGAUUUUGACGAUGAGGACGAGGAUACAGAGGAGGAGGAGGACAAAGAAGGCUUCAUGAACAUGCUGCAGAAUUUCCUCAUGUCGAAGCUGCAUCUCGGCAGCCAGGAAGAGGUGCCAAAGGUUUUGGAGGAAGUGACUGUGGAAGGUGUUGUGAACUACAUCAAAAGUGGCAAAUGCAAGAACAUCAUCACCAUGGCCGGUGCAGGGAUAUCAACAUCAGCAGGUAUCCCUGACUUCCGGACUCCUGGCACAGGGCUCUACAGCAAUCUGGAGAAAUACAAUCUUCCCUUCCCAGAAGCCAUCUUCGAUAUUGAAUACUUCCGCAACAACCCCAAGCCCUUCUUUGUCCUGGCCAAGGAGCUUUAUCCAGGGUCCUUUGCCCCUACCCCGUCCCACUGGUUCAUCCGCUUGCUCCACGACAAAGGCUUGCUUCUAAGGCAUUACACCCAGAAUAUUGACACCCUGGAGCAUGUAGCUGGACUUCCUGCUGACAAAGUAGUAGAGGCACAUGGCACAUUCAGGACCUCCCACUGUCUCAACUGCCGGAAGGAGUACAGUCAGGAGUGGGUCAAAGAGGAAAUCUUCAAGGACAACAUUCCAACAUGCACUGACUGUAGUGGUCUUGUGAAGCCUGACAUCAUCUUUUUCCGAGAGAGUCUUCCCGUCCGGUUCUUCCAGCUCAUGCAGUCAGACUUCCCUAAAUGCGACCUGCUGAUCAUCCUUGGAACUUCCUUAACCGUUCAGCCAUUUGCAUCCCUUGUUGACAAUGUUCCUGCCAUGUGUCCACGUCUUCUUAUCAACCGGGAAAAAGCAGGGACAGUGGAUCCAAUGAUGGCAAUGUUGCAAGGCAUGUUCGGCAGUGCAGGACUUGCUCUUGAUUCACCCAACAAUAUUCGAGAUGUUGCUCUGCUUGGUGACUGCGAUGAAGGCUGUGUGAAGAUGGCAGAGUUCUUAGGAUGGAAGGAUGACAUGGAAGCCUUAUUAGCAUCUACAAAGAAAUAAAAGAAAAAAAAACAUCACAAUGUGUCAUAGAAUAGUCCAGGAGUUACAUGUUUCCAAGAGGAACUUCACAGUUAAGUUGUAUAGUCAUCUGAAAUUAUUCAUUAAGUCAUGAAGAGUUGUUGAGGAAGGUUACAUCAGCUGAUUAACUCACUUGUGAUAUAUAUUUUUAGACAACCAUUUUGUAUGGGCAUUAUUCAAGGCAUUUUAAUUGUUUGCUACUUAUUGUAACCCAAAAAAGUAAUGUAAUGGUGCUGACAAUGACAAGGGUGUGGUUGUUGCACUGAAGUUUGUAAGCGACUGAGCAGUUUAAUUUAUUGCACGUAUUGAGUUUAGUGUGUUAAAACUUUUGUACGACAGAAAAAAAAUCCUGAUACCGUUCUUCCCAAAGGUUGUAGAUAUUUCAAGAAUUGAUAAUUACAAGAAAAUAUUUGAAGGUGAUAUUUAAGUACUUAUACGUGCCGAGCCUGUUUUCCAAACACUGUCCUUUUAUGAUUGGCAAAAGUGCAAAGAGCUACAAGUAAUUUUGUGGCAACAUGAUGAAAGAACAAGUUUGCUUCAGUCUGUGUUACAGUGCAAAGAAGUAUUCUAGCGAUUUAAGUUGGAGAAAUCUUUUCUAACUUAUCAUGUGAGGCAUAGAUAAGUAUAUAGUCUAGCCAAUCAGCUGGUAUGAGAGCAAUGAAGAAGACAUUAGUUUUAGAACUUUAGGAAAGCCCAACAUAGUAGAGUAAAGGUUGUAUAAACUGAAGCCCGUAAAUUUAAGGAAAAAGGAAAAGACAAUUAGUGUGGGAUCAAGGUUAGAUUUACCCUUCCAUUUACAUUGACAUUUUUUACUUGAUUAAAUAAGCAUAUGAAAUUAGUGUUGUUGUUAUUAUUAUUAUUAUUAUUAUUAUUAUUAUUAUUAUUACUUUUUUUUUUAUUAUUAUAUUUCUUACUAUUUAGUUAUAACUGUUAUCAUUGUUAUUGUUAGUAUUACAUAUUGUUGUUGCUGUUGUCUUGUUUUUAUUUUUAUUAUUUAUUAAUACAUAUUACAAUAAUACAAUAUUACUUCAUUAUCAUUGGUGUUAUUUUUUUUUUUUUUUCUGUUACUGAUUUAGUUGCUAUUUUUAAGUGAAGGAUGGACAGGGUGUUUUUUUUUUUUCUAAAGGUAAGCAUUUUUAAAGCUGUAAAGCAAAGGUUGGUGGUCCAAACUUAAAAAAAAUUACUGUUUGAGGAAGAUGGAUUUAUCCAGGACAAAACUGUUUAUUUUUAUUGUAUCAGUAUUAUUAUUAACUUAAAAUUACAGUAUUAGAAUUCCAUGAGUGUUGAAUGUAGGUGCUGAAAGAGAAAUUUUACAAAAUCACCGAAUAUAAUUUUAGGUUCUAAAGGUACUGAAAAGAGACAUUACUGAUGUGUGUUUCACUGUAUGAACAAUAUUAUUUUGGGUUGCAGAAUUCAAAGAGGAGAUAUUGUGCUUGGAAGUUUUAAAGGUUUUGAUGCAAUGCACUUUUAAUGGUUCAUUGGAUACAGCCCAUAGGUGAUAUAUUACAUAGUUCAUGUAUACUCCCAUGUAUGUUACAACUUGUAACAUAAGAUUGCAAUAAGUACAGUAGAGAUUGUUCAUAUGUGAAAAAUAAGUACACGAUAUACAAGGGAACUAAAUGGAAGUGUACUUUUAAAGAAAUUACUUAAUUUUGCAGCUUUACAAGCAGCAAAGACUUUUUUGUUGCUAAUUAUGUCUUUGCUCUUCUUUUCUUUUCUUUUUUUUACAUUAGCAUUAAGCAUUUACCCCAGUUUUCAUUUUGUUGUGCUUCUAUUGCAAGUUUUUUUGUUUUCUUUUUUUCCUUUUUUUCAUGCUUUUUGGUGUCUUUUUAUGGGGCAUUUGCAAAGACUCAGCUUCUGACUUGCUUAUGUUUAAGUAAUUCUGUAUUAUGUACUGUUUGCUGUUUUGUAUUUAAUACCUUUUGUAAUAUCUGGGUUAGAGUGAAUGAUCAGAUGUUCACCAUGUUUAUUUGCAGUCAUUUUCACAGAAAUUGCAUCAGCAUUGUUCUUACAGGAUGUUCCAACAACAUAUAUGGUUAUGUAAAGGAUAUUUGAUGAUGAUGUGCACUAGACACAGUGUGUUUCCAUUCCUUUCUUUUGAAUUCUAGCAUUUUUAUGGGUUCGUAAAGACAACUUUCAGAAUAGCUAAUGUGUAUACUCAUUUUUUGGAUUAAAUUGAAGGGUGUUUCUGGGGAGGGGGGGGUGAUAAUUUGUCAUGUGUGAUCAGUAUUCAUGCAGAGUGAAUACAUUGGAUGUGAGUGGUAUAUAUAUGAUGGUGAAUUGUAUUUUGGAAUUGUCAAGUCACUCUUAGGCAUUAAGAAAGACAUAUUGAAGAGCAAAUACUGUGAUUACAUCAUGCAUUUGUGUAUUGUUAUGAAUAUUUAUUGGAGUCCAGUGAUAGAAGAUGUUAUGGUAUCAUCUGAAGUUUAAUCUUUAAGGUAAGUACAAGUAUUAUGUAAUACAAAAGUAAUAUUAGAAAGAAGAUUAAAAGAAUUAUAAACACAGGUAUUUUGAAUAUCAUGGAAGCCAGACAGAUAAAAACAAAAAGAUCUUGGCUUGUAUGUGCUUUGCAGUGUUAUUAUAAGAAAUUUUGCCUUUUGUUAGUUGUGCAAGUGCUUACUUACUAAAACAAUUUAGCUGUUUUGUUCAUUUAUUAUCAUUAUUAUUAUUAUUAUUAUUAUUAUUAUUAUUAUUAUUACUCUUAAUUUAAUUAUUUUUUUCUCUUUUGCAUUAUAAAACAAUUAAUUGUUUACAUGUAUCCAUAACUUGGUAUUAUUUAUCUGUGAUGCUUAUAUAACAGUUGUAUUGUAUGUUGCCUAACAGGAUUUUCUUUAAA